CAUGUCGAAGAGGAAUGUAAUAAUUGUUUGUAUUUUUGCACUUGCCAUUGCCCUAACUAUUAUCAUCUUGGUCCGAUAUUCACUAUCUGAGAUAGAGUCUCAUGAAGUCGGCUUAAAAUAUGAUAAUGUGCAGAAGUCAUUGGAAAAAGACGUUUACUAUGAAGGCUUGCACAUGGGAAGUCCUGGUUUCACUUUUAUCAAGUAUUCAGCAGUCUUUAGAACUAUGCAGUUAGUUCGUUUUGAAUGCUUGAAUAAAGAUGAAGUUAAAGUAAACUUGGAACUAUCUUUUCAGUAUAGAGUAAGAGUUAGUGCUCUAUAUGAAGUUACUCGUCUUUUCAAAGAUGAGGAAGGCCAUGAUCAAAUGCUUGAAUCAGUAGCACAAUCAGCUGUUCACGAAGCUUGCUCCAAUUUUAAUACUUCUCAAUUCCAAACCGAAAGAGGGUCAUUCCAGACAGCGGUUAAAGAUAUUUUGUUAAAACGAUUAGGAGAAGUCUUCACGGAUAUAGCGGAUCUUCAAAUGCAAAACAUUCAACGGCCCCGCUCAUAUGAAAUUGUUGUUCAGAAUAAAGAAACAGCAAGAGAAGACAUUGAUGUCGCUCGGCAGGAGCGUCCGAGACUCAUGGCUCUGGCCAAAAAUAAGUUAGAAGAGGCUAAGAACGAAGCAGAAAUAACAUUACAAAAAGCUACCAGUAAUGCUAGAGUUAUCUUGACAGCAGCCGAAGCAGAAGCAAAAGGAAUAGAAACGCAAUACGAAUCUGAAGCUGCAGUUUAUAAAACUUUGAAAAACACACUUAGAUUUUCAAAUGAAGAUUUCAUCAAAUAUCUUGCAACUAGGGCUAUAUUCAGCGAAAAAGAUAGUUCGAUCGAUUUAGCUAUCGGACAACCACCAGAAUUAAAUUUGAAUUAA